AUCAGUCCAGUGGUUUCCGAGGUCCAUGUGGAUGCCUUGAGAAUUACUUCGAUGCUCUCCAACAAAGAUAUUACUAUUCAGGUAUCUCAUGAGGUUGACGAUGAUGAAGCCAUGAUUUUGGCUAUGGGUUACAAGCAGGAGUUCAAGAGAGAAUUCGGAGCAUUUUCGGUUUUUGCCGUGUCGUUCUCUGUGCUUGGGUUGCUUCCUUCUAUCGCUGCCUGUUUUGAUUACCAGCAGUUGGUUAUUGGUAUUUCUCCCAUUCCAUGGCUCAUUGCCGUGUUCUUUGUCACAUCAGUUGCUCUUUCUUUGGCUGAAGUAGCUUCUGCUUUUCCAGUUUCUACUGGUACUCCCUAUGCUGUUUCACAGUUGGCUCCUAAGAAAUGGGCUCCAUACUUAACUUGGAUCACCUGUUGGUCCAACUGGUUGUGCCAAAUCACUGCUUCUCCUUCCGUAAACUGGUCUGGUGCCUCGUUGAUGUUUGCCUUGGGUACCUUCACUAACCCCAACUUUGUCCCAACUACUGGUCAAGUCUAUGGUUUGACUACAGGUAUCCAAGUUGUUCAUGCUAUCAUCUCUUCGUUACCUACAAAAUACUUGGCUACCUUUAACUCUAUGGGUACAACUUGUAAUAUGUUGUUCUUGGUCAUUGUGUUCGUGAUGAUCCUCGCGGCCAACGAUAGAGACAACAUGUACAACGGAGACAUCCCCAAGUUCAAUACAAACGGUGUAGCCUGGUCUUUGUAUAACCAAACUGAGUGGCCCCAAGGUAUCGCCAUGUUGAUGUCCUUCUUGGGUGUCAUCUGGUCUAUGAGUGGUUACGAUUCCCCUUUCCAUCUUGCUGAGGAAUGUUCCAACGCCGCUGUGGCUGCUCCUAGAGCCAUCUUCUUGACUUCUUCAGUAGGUGGCCUUAUUGGUUUCAUUUUCAUGGUUGCUAUUGCAUACACUGUAGUUGACAUUGAUCUCAUUGCUGAGGAUCCUCAGGGGUUGGGACAACCAUUCGUUUCUUAUCUUACUCAAAUAAUGGGCAAAAACACCGUUAUCGCUGCUACAGCUUUGACAAUUGUAUCGUCCUUCUUCAUGGGUUGUUCUUGUAUGUUGGCUGCUUCCAGAGUAACAUGGGCCUACUCUCGUGAUAACAUGUUCCCAGGUUCCAGAUGGUGGAAAAAGGUGGCUCCAAUCACCCAAACCCCCAUCAAUGCCGUGUGGGUUAACUUUUUCAUCGGUCAAUUGUGUCUCUUGCUUAUGUUUGCUGGUGAUGUAGCCAUCGGUGCCAUUUUCUCUGUUGGUGGUAUUGCUGGUUUUGUUUCCUUCACAAUGCCAACUCUUUUGAAAAUCACAUACGCCAGAAAUACUUUCAAGCCUGGCCCAUGGAACUUGGGUCGUUUCUCUACUCCAAUCGGUUUUGUAUCGGUAGCCUUCGUCGCUCUUAUGAUUCCUAUCUUAUGCUUCCCAUACGUCCGUGGUGCCGACUUGACUCUCGACCAGGUCAACUGGACCCUGUUGGUAUUUUUUGGUCCUCUUCUUUUGGCCACUAUCUGGUGGGUUGUUGACGCUCACAAGUGGUACAUUGGUCCAAAGAGUAAUCUUGACCAAGACCACAUUCUCUACGGAGAG